AUGGUUGUAAGCUUAUUAUGUGAAAUCCAGGAGGAAUAUUUAUAUGCAAAAAUUGAUGAAUUAAAAAAUUUGAAAAAAAUAAAGACGAAUGAUUUAGCAACUGAUUAUUUAAUAUUUUUUUCAUUAUGUGUAAACAAAAUUGUUGAAAAAAAUGAUGAAUACAAAACAUUAACACAUAUAGAAAAGGAAAAAAAAACAAAGGAAUUAAUAGCAAAUAAUAUAGAAAAUAUUAAAAAGAAAUUAAAAGAAAAAAAAAAAGAAAAUGAAGGAACUAAUUUAAAAAGGGAAGAUAUAAAUUAUCAAAAAACUUUAUAUACACAAAAUGAACAAAAAAAUGAUAUACCUAUUACCUUAAAUAAAUAUGAAAAGUCAAAUUUGGGAAAAAUUUGUAAUGACCUUACAUGUAUAUUAUACUUUUGUAUAUCCCUAUUAAUUCAAAAUUUGAGAAUAUAUACAAAAUAUAAAAAAACCAAAAUAUAUGAUACAUAUAAUUUGAUAAUACAAAAAGACAAUAAUGAAGAAAAAAAAAAUAUUAUUAAUUAUGUUGAAUCAAACAAUGAAAAGAAUGAAAAAAAAGUUUUGAGCGAUAUUGUAAUUAAUUUUUUUGAAUUAAAUCUAUUGUAUAUAUCUUUUUGUUUUUAUAAUAUAUAUUUAUUAAAUAAUAAUGAUAUAUAUUAUCUAUAUGUAAGUUUGAUUUUAUUUUUAAAAAUUUUUUAUCAUUUUAAAAAUAAAAAAAUUACUCACAAAAUUUGUAUUAAUAACAAAAAAAUAUAUAUAAAAUAUGAUUUAUGUGUAGAAAAUUUAUUAUUUAAAAUUUGUGAUAAAAUUGGGGUGAUACAAAGAAAACAAAAAAAUAUUUAUGAAAGUUUAUUUUUUUUAACUUACAGUUUUAUAUUCUAUAAGCAUUUAAACAAAAGUAAUAUCAACAAUUUUGAAAAAAAUGAAGAAUGUAAUACAAUUGAUAUGGAAAUAAUCAAUGUUGUUCAAAAUAUAAAUGAUAUAUUUUUACAAUUAAACUUUUUUACAGCAUCAACUUUUUUUGUUUUAAAAAUCAUUGAUAUGCAUUUGUCUUGUCUAAGAAAUGAAAUAAAAAACAUUUUAAUUGAACAAAGUGUGAUAUAUGAAAAUAAGGAUGAAAAAAUAUUACAAACAAUUAAUAAUAAAAAUGAUGAAUCCUAUUAUUUGGAUAGUGAAGAAAACGAAAAUAUAAAUUUUUAUAUUUUAAAUGGCAAUGUAAUAUUAAACAAAAAAAGAAAUGAAUCAAUAUCUUUUGACGAAAAAUUAAAAAAAAUAAUAGAUAUGUGUAUUUCAAUUUUUAAUAAUAUUGUUGAAUGUAGCUAUAUAUUCUUAGAUUUACAUUUAUUAUCGAUAUAUGAACAUUUAAUUAAUGUAUCUUUUUGUAUGAUUAAAGAUGUUUAUAAAUUAUUUCAUAUAUUAAAAAAAGAAAAAGAGAAAAAUAUAAUAGUAGAAUAUAAGUAUAUGAUUUAUCGAAAUUUUUUAGAAAUGUAUAUCAUAUAUUUAAAAUAUAAUUAUUUGAAUUAUUCUCAAACUUGUACAUCAAUAGAUAUAUAUAAACAUGUAAAUUAUAUACAUAAAAAAAAAGAUAAAAUUAAAAAUUAUAUUUUUUCCUUAUUAAAAACUUAUGCUACUAAUAACACAAAAGAAAUAAAUAAUUUAGAAUUUCAAGACAAUACACAUGAAAAAAAAACAAAUACACAAAAUAUAACAAAAAAUGUAGAUAUAAAAAAAAUUACAACAAAAGCUUAUUUUGAUAAUAAUAAUAAUAUUUUAAUUUAUGAUAGCAUUCAAAAAAUAGAGAAAAAUAUAAUAUGCUUGGAAAAUGUUAUACACAUAAAUGCUGAGGAAAUAACUAAAGGGAUGCAAUCAUGCCUAUUUUCUGAAAAACAAUUUCCAAAACGAAACAAAUAUGAUUUCGAUAUAAUUUCUUUUAUUAUAACAGAUGAAAAUAUUAUAUAUAAAUUUAUAUGUGAACAAAUUUUAAAGAAAAAUAAUUUAAAUUUUGAAAAGGAUGAAAACAAAUAUGACGAUUUUGAAUUUUCAGAUUUAUAUGAAAAAAUGUCCUUUUCAAAAACAUUUUGCGAAAAUGUAAAAAAAAUUGACGAAACAACGGAAGAAAUAUUUCAUUUAAUAAAAAAUGAACAAAUUAGAAGAAAUGAAAAAAAAUAUUUUGAUGAUAAAAAUAAAUCAUCUAUUAUUCCCUCCACAUUUAUUAAUAUCGAUACAAAUUAUGUAGAAGAAUUUUUGAACAUUUUUCAAUUUAAUAAAAUAAAAUUAAAUAAUUUGAAACUUGAUGUCUGUAAUUUUUGUAAUUCAAAAUAUAACAAUUUGGCUAUUAAUAAAAUGAAAAAUAAUUAUAAAAAAUUCACAAAGCAUAGGAAUGAUCGAAAAUAUGAAAAUUUUCUAUCAUUGUCAUUUUUGCAAAAUAAAAAUAUAGAUGGAAAAAAAAAACAAAAAGAUUGGAUAGAUUAUUCUGAGGAUAUACAUUAUUUAUGCUACAACCAUAAGGAAAUAGAAUUUUUAUUUAAAAAAAUAAAAAAAUAUAUAAAAAAAUGUUUCGAAUAUUACUCUUUAUUUAAUCAGACAACUUUACAUUUGGACAUUUUAAUAAAUUCAAGUGAAGCUUAUUUUUAUUAUAAUUUUUUUACAAAAUCUUUUGAUGAAUGUAUAAAGAAUUAUAUGGAUAUUUUAUAUUCAUUUAGUUAUCCAUUAAAAUAUAUAGAACAUAAACAAUAUUUAUUUUAUAAAAGAGAUCUAGCUUUAAAAUGCGCUUUACUAUUAAAAGACGUUUAUAUAUGUAAAAAAUGGAAUAUCAUCAUUGAUAAUAUUUAUUUCAAUUCAGAUAAUAAAGAUAAUAAAAAUUUAAAUUUUGAUGAUAAUAUUUCUGGCAAUUUAACAAAAGACCAAAAACAAAUAAUAUUACAAGUAAUACAAUAUUAUUAUUUUUUUUUAAAAACAUAUGAAAUUGAAAAAGAAACAACAAAUGAAAUUAUUUUUGAAAAUGAUGACGAAAAAAAAUCCUAUUUUGAUAUUUAUUUUUAUGUGUGUAAAACACUAUCAACAGUAGACGAUAAAAAUUUUAUAACCCAGGCAAUAAAUAAUUAUCAAUAUUUGCUAAAUUAUUCUUUAAAAAAUAAAAUGUAUCAUGAUGAACAAUACAAUGAAUAUAUGAAAAACUUUUGCAAAAAAUCUAUUUAUAUGUUGGGAAUUAAAUUAAAUGAAAUUGCUUAA